GCGGUUUGCUCAAGAAGGACCCCGACCCCUGGACGAUUUUCAGGUAUCGGCAUUUUCAAGCGCUGAGAUUGGAAAACUUUCUUUCCCACUUACAUCUUUCUCUCCCUUUUAUCCCUUUCCACUUCGUCCGAAUACAAAUUUCAGUGUGCCGGUCAUUCUCAUUUCUCAGUUCUUCCCAAUCGUUACUCACGUUCGGAACUAUCGUAACAUUUUACGGCGCGUUGCGAUCAAAUCAAAGUGUCGCGAGUUUCGUUGGUCCGGCCGGUUAAGUGAAGACUGCAAGCGGUAUCGAAUCUUAAAAUGGUUUUUACACAAUUGAUGGAGUACCUGUUGAGUGGAAAAAAAAUGUCUGCCGACUCUUCCGCGCCGACAAAUUCGAAAGAAGAGCCGCGAGAACCGGCUUCCGUUUCCAACAAGUGUGAUCACGACGAAAAUAAGGAGAAUGAGCCACCCACGUCCGAUCAGCGACUCUGGCAAAAAGGGCCCGAAAAAAUUCUUCGGAGAAUUUCAUCCACAAACCUGGAUCGAACUGAACAAGAGGAAGCGGAACGCAAGAAGAACGCAAAGGCUUGGCGGCUUCGGAUGGAUAAUCUUCGGAAAUUGGAGGAUACUAAAACGUUGAUGGCAGUUGAAUUGCUGAUAGAAGCGGACUUUGCAGGCAUCAAGUAUCGUUUCGAGAGCACAAGGCUGGAUUCCUUCCGCGAUUGCUGGCCUGUAAAGUUCAUAGACCCCAAAAAAUUAGCGGCCGCCGGUUUCUUUUAUACUAAAAAGAAAGACAAGGUGAGAUGCUUCGCGUGCACGUGUCCCCUGUCUGAGUGGAAAGAAGGCGACGACCCUAUAGUGAAGCACAAAAAAUGGUCUGAUGCUGGAUAUUCGUGUAAAUUCGUCCGCAAUCUUCCUUGCGGAAACGUACCGAUCGACGCUGAUCCCAGCACGAUUCUCAGAGCGUCGGAACCGAACGAGAUCAAAAUUAUGAUAUUAUCCGACCCAGAUAUACUAGUCGGCGGUCUGCAGACGGAGAAAGACGUAAACUCUGAUAUCUACUACAAGAUUAAUAACGACGAAGAAAUUACAGUAUUCUGGGACUCUGAGACGAAGUUUACCGCCAAGCACAGCCACAUGUUGGGCUCGAUUAUUCCCACAUACGCUUCCUAUGAACGGAGAUUACGCUCCUUCGACGCAUGGCCCGGCGAAACAGGUCAAAAGAAGGAGGACUUGGCGGCCGCCGGUUUCUUUCAUCGCAAAGACCUUCUUACAUCUUCCGAUGAUCAUCACACGAUGUGCUACUACUGCGGGGGAUGUUUAAAGGCCUGGAAACCGACGAGCGAUCCUUACGACGAGCACGCUAAAAGAUUUCCGAAAUGCAGAUUUAUCAACAAACUAUUUCAUCAACAAGCAAAUGGACAGUUGGUGAAGAAAGACGACCUGUGCACAUCGUCCACGGAACAGUUGCAGAAGAAAGACGACGACAUGUACUGUCAUGUACAUAUCAUCCACGAUCCACGGAACAAUUAAAGAAAAAAAACGACCUAUGCAUAUCACCCACGGAAUUGAAGAAUGAAAACAACCAGAUGCGGUAUUAAUCGAGGGGUUAACCACUAUGGGAAUCGUACAUUUUUUUUAGAAAAUAUAUUGCCAGUAUUGCGGCAAUACAAUACUAGCAAUUAACAAUACACUAUCAAUAGCAAUAUCUAGCAAUACAUUAGCAAUACUUGGCAAUAUUGUGCAAUAGAUAGGCAGUACGUAAAUUAAUAGAUGGCAAUAUUACUAAUAAUACAAACGUAAUACAAUAGCAAUACUAGUGUAAUAAAGUGUAUUGUUUAUUAUCAUAAUUGGCAAUCACUGUACAUUUCUUUAGUGGUUGACCCCUCGGUAUUAACGCACCCUCGAUUGCGAUUUUUUCAUUAUACUGCUUGUAUCGAUUGUACCAAGAUUUUGAAGAUUUCUUUUUUAGUCAUAUUCAUAAAAAUUAUUUAUAAUAAUCUGGUCAAGAAACGCUUAAUGACAUAACUCAUUAGCGAGUCAAUCUAUUGAGUGAUGUUUUGUACACUAAUUUUUACGUUUGAAAUUAGUGAGAUUUUAUACAGUAAUUAUAAAAGCCCAUCUAAGUCGCAAACGCGGAUAUUUCUCUUUUUCUUUUUUUUUUACGUUUCUUUCUUUUCUUCGCGUUUGCGUUUGCAUUUGUGUUGUAUGUUUGCGACUUAUGUAGAUGGGGCUUAACAGUAAACCUAAGAUUAAUUAAGUGUCGCUUUUACUAUCGUGAGUCGUCUGUGAUAUUUUAUCAGUUGUCGACUGUAUUAAUAAUUAGUAGUCAGUAUUAUAGCCAAUGAUGUCUACUUAAAUAUUUAAGGUAAAUGCAAUAUAUUUUGUAGUAAUGUAUUAUAUUACAAAUUAACAAUUACACUGUGU